GAACCUGUGGUUGUUCGCCUUGAGCAUUCCAGCUUCACCUCAGCCCAUCUCGUGGCACGGAAUACAGAAGCCGACUAUGGGUCAGCGACAACCGACAUAGCGCUUCAACGCUUGCAUGCUUGACAAAACCACCAGGGGCUUCGAAGGGAUCGGAAGAGACACCGGGAUUUGAUAAGAUGUCGAUCAUCAAAGAUCAAGCGGCCACUGCGCUGGACCAGUACAUCAAAGAAGUCAGGAAUCGGAACCAUGCGGAGGAUCAGCGCAAGCGCGCCGCGCGCCAGGUGCGGGACCUGGUCAACAUCGCCAAACAAGAGAUGGGAACCGAACAGUUCCAGCGGUUCUUUGACACCGUCAACCAGAGGACCAUGGCGCUGAUCCAAAGCACCGACACGUACGACAAGAUGGGCGGUGUCUACAUCCUGGAUGCCUUGGUAGACUUCGAGGGCAUAGAGCCCGCGCUGAAAUACAGCCGCUUCCAGCAGUACAUCGGAACAAUCUUGCGCGGGAAGGAUCUCAACCCUAUGCAGCCUGCCGCCGUGGUUCUUGGCAAAAUGUGCAAGCCAGGCGGCUCUCUGAUCUCCGAGCUUGUUGAUGCGGAGAUGCACACUGCGCUCGAGUGGCUGCAGUCGGACCGCGUGGAGGAGAGACGAUACAGCGCAGUCCUUGUCCUCCGCGAGCUGGCGAGGAACGCGCCCACAUUGAUGUAUCCCUACGUCGGUUUCGUUUUCGAUCAAAUCUGGAUCGGCCUACGAGAUCCUCGCCAUCUGAUCCGGGCCACUUCGAGCGAAACCGUCAGUGCCUGCUUCAAAAUCAUCCGGGAGCGUGACCAGGAGAUGAAGCAAGAAUGGAUGGACAAGAUGUUCAACGAAGCGGUCAAGGGCCUCAAGGUGAACACGGUUGAAUAUAUCCACGCCUCACUCCUUGUUCUCAAGGAGCUUCUCGAACAGGGCGGCAUGUACAUGCAGAGCCACUAUCAAGAAGCCUGCGAGAUCGUCUUCCGUCACAAAGACGCGCGCGACCCGGCCAUCCGCAAAACGGUCGUCUUCCUCAUCCCCGAUUUAGCCAACUAUGCUCCAACCGAGUUUGGAGCCACUUACCUGCACAAGUUCAUGGUCUACCUAUCGGGUAUGCUCAAAAAGGAGAAGGAACGGAACGAUGCGUUUCUCGCCAUUGGGAACAUUGCAAACUCCGUCAAGAGCGCCAUCGCGCCGUACCUAGACGGUGUCCUCAUUUAUGUCCGCGAAGGCCUCAGUGUGCAGUCCCGCAAGCGAGGUUCUGUCGAUCCAGUCUUUGACUGCAUCAGCCGGCUCGCGGUGGCGGUGGGCCAAACGCUGAGCAAAUACAUGGAGGCGCUGCUGGAUCCCAUCUUCGCCUGCGAGCUGACGCCGAAGCUGACACAGGCCUUGGUUGACAUGGCUUUCUACAUCCCGCCUGUCAAGGGCACCAUACAAGAGCGUCUUCUCAACAUGCUGAGCAAAGUUCUGUGCGGCGAGCCGUUCCGGCCACUUGGAGCACCUCAUCUGAACCCACCCUCUUCCAUUCCACCCAUACCUAAGGAUCCUAAAGAUCCAUCUGUGCAUGAGCGUGGCAAAGCCGAGGUGAAGCUUGCCUUGAACACGCUCGGCAGUUUUGACUUUUCAGGCCACGUCUUGAACGAGUUCGUCCGUGAUGUUGCCAUCAAAUACGUUGAGGAUGACGACCCCGAAAUCCGCGAGGCUGCUGCCCUCACUUGCUGUCAGCUCUAUGUCCGCGACCCAAUCGUCAAUCAAACAAGCUAUCACGCUCUGCAAGUCGUCGCCGAUGUUGUUGAGAAACUGUUGACCGUGGGUGUCUCGGACCCUGAACCCAAGAUUCGCCGAACGGUGCUCGCCGCCCUCGAUGAGCGAUUUGACCAGCACCUCGCCAAGGCCGAGAAUAUUCGAACGCUGUUCUUCGCCCUGCACGAUGAACAGUUUGCGGUGAGGGAAGUCGCCGUGUCAAUCAUUGGUCGACUAGCUCGUCAUAAUCCCGCAUACGUCAUCCCCCAGUUGCGGAAGACCAUCAUCCAGAUGUUGACAGAGCUCGAAUACACGGACGUGGCGAGGAGUAAGGAGGAGAGCUCAAAGCUGCUAAGCCUCCUGACUCAGCAUGCCCAAGACCUGGUCAAGCCAUACGUCAGCUCCAUCACUGAAGUCCUCUUGCCGAAGGCCUCUGACCCAACGCCCUCUGUCGCGGCAACCGUCCUGCAGGCCAUUGGCGAACUUUGCACGGUUGGCGGUGCUGAGAUGCUUGCUAAGAAGGAUACGCUCAUGCCGAUUAUCAUUGACGCAUUGCAGGAUCAGAGCGCACCCAUCAAGCGAGAAGCAGCCCUCCAUACCCUCGGUCAGUUGGCUAGCAAUGCUGGCUAUGUUAUCAAGCCUUACCUCGAAUACCCACAGUUGCUCGAGAUUUUGCAAUCCAUCAUUCGAGGCGAACCUCAGCAUGGUCCCCUGCGACAGGAGACGAUCAAGCUCAUGGGUAUCCUUGGCGCGCUGGAUCCUUACAAACACCAGGUUGAAGAGCGAACACCGCAAACCCAGCGUCGCCCCGAGGCUACCCAAUUAACCGAUGUCUCUCUCAUGAUGAGCGGACUUACGCCGUCCCAAGAGGACUACUACCCCACGGUCGUCAUCAAUGCCCUGCUUCAAGUCCUGAAGGACCAAUCCUUGGUGCAAUGGCAUGGAAAUGUGGUGGAUGCAAUCAUGAGCAUCUUCAUCACGCUCGGACUCAAAUGUGUUCAGUUUCUCGACCGGGUAGUUCCCGCUUUCAUCGCUGUCAUCAGGGCCUCGAGCCCAGCGAGACUCGACUACUACUUCAACCAUCUGAGCAGACUCGUUGGUAUUGUGCGUCAACAUAUCCGCGUCUACCUCCCGGACAUCAUUGAGGUGCUGCAGGAGUUUUGGAACACAACGUCCUCACUGCAGACUACCAUCAUCUCACUGAUUGAGUCGAUCGCCCGUUCCUUGGAGGGCGAGUUCAAAAUCUAUCUGGCGAGUCUGCUUCCAUUAAUGCUCGGGGUUUUAGAGAGGGACACGAGCACCAAACGCCAGCCAACCGAGAAAAUAUUCCAUGCAUUUCUGGUGUUUGGGUCUAGCGCGGAGGAAUACAUGCAUCUCAUCAUUCCCAUUCUUGUGCGCCUAUUCGACAAUCCAGCGCAGCCCAUGUUCCUGCGAAAAUCGUCGAUCGAGACGAUCGGAAAGCUUUCGAGCAUGGUCAACCUCAAUGACUAUGCAUCCAAGAUUAUCCACCCCUUGACCAGGGUUCUAGCCAGCCAAGAACCUAGCCUUCGCGUCGCUGCACUUGACACGCUCUGUGCUCUCAUGUUACAGUUGGGUCGCGACUACCUUCAUUUUGAGCACACGGUUGAAAAGACCAUCACCAUGUACGGCAUCCAACACUCCAACUACGACAAGGCCGUGGAAAAGCUCAAGAAGGGCGAGGCUCUCCCUCAAAACCUAGCUCCCCGGUUUGAGGACACAUCUCUGGAACAGUUCACGUCCGAGAACAACCCGCCAAAAAAACUCGACUUGAAUCCAGUUCACCUGAAGCAGGCAUGGGAGACAAAAGGAAAGGCUACCAAGGACGACUGGCACGAGUGGUUCCGCAAGUUUAGUACAACCUUACUUUCAGAGUCGCCGAACCACUCGCUCCGAGCCUGCGCCAGCCUGGCAAGCAACUACCAGCCUCUUGCUAGGGAGCUCUUCAAUUCUGCCUUCGUCUCCUGCUGGAGUGAGCUCUACGAUUCGUAUCAGGAGGAGCUCAUUACCAAUAUCGAAAACACGAUCAAGUCCGAAAACGUGCCGCCCGAUCUCCUAGGCCAGCUUCUCAAUCUCGCAGAGUUCAUGGAGCAUGACGACAAGGCACUUCCCAUCGAUAUCCGCAUCUUGGGACGCGAAGCGGCUAGGUGUCACGCUUACGCCAAGGCACUCCACUAUAAGGAGCUCGAGUUCCUGCAGGACCAUAACAGUCACGCGGUCGAGGCGCUCAUCGUUAUCAACAACCAACUGCAGCAGUCUGACGCCGCCAUCGGUAUCCUGCGCAAAGUCAAGGCGUACAAGGACGGUAUCCAGCUGCGAGAGAGUUGGUUCGAGAAGCUAGAGCGGUGGGAUGAGGCGCUCAAUUUCUACUGUCAGAGAGAGCGGGAACUCCCUGAAGACCAGCCAACACCCGUCGAUAUCGUCAUGGGCAAGAUGCGCUGCUAUCACGCGUUGGGCGAGUGGGACUCGCUCGCCUCCUUGGCUGGCAAGACUUGGGCGAACUCUGGCCCGGAGAUUCAGCGAAGGAUUGCGCCCUUGGCAACUACGGCUGCAUGGGGUCUUGGGAAGUGGGAUUCCAUGGACACCUACCUGCAGUCGAUGAAACGUUACUCGCCCGAUCGCGCAUUCUUCGGGGCUAUUCUUGCCCUGCACCGGAACCAAUUCCGGGAGGCGCUAGCCUGCAUCGAGCAGGCUCGUGAGGGCUUGGAUACGGAGCUUAGCGCUCUUGUAAGCGAGUCUUACAACCGCGCUUACCAGGUCGUCGUGAGAGUCCAGAUGCUUGCCGAGUUGGAGGAGCUUAUAGUCUACAAACAAUGUGGCCCUGAGAAGCGUGCCACAUUGCGAGCCACUUGGGAGACUCGGCUCAAGGGCUGCCAGCGCAACGUCGAGGUCUGGCAGCGAACGCUCCGGCUGCGCUCUCUGGUGCUCACGCCGCAAGAGAACAUGCACAUGUGGACGAAGUUUGCCAACUUGUGCCGCAAGUCCGGGCGUAUGGGCCUAGCCGAGAAGUCCUUGAAGCAGCUCAUUGACACUGAUGCUCCGCUGGAAUCGGUCAUCCCUUACUGGGCUGACCAGUCACCCAACCCAGGUGUUGAGCGCAUCGCACCUCCAAUUGUGUACGCAGUGCUCAAGUAUCAGUGGGAGGUUGGCCAGCAGCCAGGUGUUCGAAAUACGGACCGCAGCAUCGCGGAACGUACCCUCUACUGCCUUCACAGGUUCACCGAGGAUAUGGCCCGCAGAGUGGAGAGCGCAAGACUGCAGUUGAAUGCCUCUACGCAAGCUGUCAACGGCAUGGGCGACGGCCUGAACCACGCCAGAUACACCGACUACGACGAGGCAGCGGUCCUUGGCCCGGAUGCACAACAUCAAUUGCUUGAACAGACGGUGCUGCUCGCAAAAUGCUACCUCCGACAGGGUGAUUGGAUGAUCACGCUGAACAAGAACGACUGGCAACACACACGGCGCCAAGACGUCCUUGACUGUUAUUCCAAGGCAACGCACUAUCAUCCCCGGUGGUACAAGGCCUGGCAUGCUUGGGCUCUGGCCAAUUUCGAGGUUGUCCAAGCUCUGACCUCCAAAAAGGAGUUGGAAGGAAGGUCCGAACAUAGCAUCAUUGUCCACCAUGUGGUGCCAGCUGUGCAUGGCUUCUUCGAAUCCAUCGCACUCUCCUCCGGAAGUUCCUUGCAAGACACCCUCCGCUUGCUAACUCUCUGGCUCACCUAUGGUGGCUACCAAGAAGUCAUCACCGCCGUCACCGACGGGUUCGCGCACGUCAGCAUCGACACCUGGCUUGAGGUUAUACCACAACUCAUUGCCCGCAUUAACCAACCAAACAGACGGGUCCAGGCGUCUAUCCACGCUCUCCUGUCCGACGUUGGACGCGCGCACCCUCAGGCGCUGGUCUACCCACUUACUGUUGCGAUGAAGUCGCGGCAGAGUACACGGAGGUCUAAGACGGCCAGCGCGAUCAUGGAGAGCAUGCGUCAGCACAGUUCCAAGCUUGUGGAACAGGCCGAUCUUGUGAGCCGCGAGCUUAUCAGGGUCGCGGUUUUGUGGCACGAGCUCUGGCACGAGGGGCUUGAGGAGGCCUCCCGGCUGUACUUUGGCGAUCACAAUAUCCAAGGCAUGUUCGACGUACUUGAGCCACUCCACGACCUGCUCGAGAAAGGACCGGUGACGCUGCGGGAAAUCUCAUUCACCCAGACAUUUGGUCGCGACCUAAGUGAGGCACGUGAAUGGUGCCGUCAGUAUCGCCAUUCCCAAGACGUGAACGACAUCAGUCAAGCGUGGGAUCUCUACUAUCAAGUCUUCCGGCGUAUUAGCCGGCAGCUACCCCAGAUGACAAGCCUUGAACUAACAUACUGUUCGCCUGACCUGCUUCAGGCUCGUGACCUCGAGCUUGCAGUACCUGGAACAUACCGUAGCGGACAAGAGAUUGUGCGGAUCAAGGCCUUUGAUGGAACCCUCAGCGUCAUCAGCUCAAAACAGCGUCCGCGGAAAGUCGUCAUUCUCGGGAGCGAUGGCAAAACAUACACAUUCCUGCUCAAGGGACACGAAGACAGCCGGCAGGAUGAGCGUGUCAUGCAGCUCUUCGGCCUGUGCAACACUCUCUUGGCCAACGAUUCAGAGUGCUACAAGCGGCACCUCAACAUUCAGCGCUACCCAGCGAUUCCUUUGUCGCAAAACUCGGGCCUCUUUGGCUGGGUUCCCAACAGUGACACCGUUCACCAACUCAUCCGGGAGUACCGUGAAUCGAGAAAGAUCCUCCUCAACAUUGAGCACCGAAUCAUGCUUCAGAUGGCACCAGACUACGAUAACCUGACGCUGAUGCAGAAGGUCGAGGUGUUUGGAUAUGCGCUGGACAACACGACGGGUCAAGACCUAUACCGGGUUCUCUGGCUUAAAAGCAAGAGCUCCGAGGCCUGGCUGGACCGGAGAACAAACUAUACACGCUCCUUGGGCGUCAUGUCCAUGGUUGGGUAUAUUCUGGGUCUGGGAGACAGGCACCCUAGUAAUCUGAUGCUGGACCGGAUCACAGGCAAGAUCAUCCACAUCGACUUCGGCGAUUGCUUCGAAGUGGCCAUGAAGCGGGAGAAGUACCCGGAGAGGGUGCCCUUCAGACUCACUCGCAUGCUUACCUAUGCUAUGGAGGUUAGCAACAUCGAGGGCAGUUUCCGCAUUACAUGCGAGCAUGUGAUGAGAGUCCUGCGGGAUAACAAGGAGAGUGUCAUGGCUGUCCUGGAAGCUUUCAUCCAUGAUCCACUCCUCACAUGGCGCCUUACGAAUCCUGCCAGUCCGGCUGGACCUCACUUCAACUCGGAACGAGAACAAGCGAUUGCUGGACCACAGGCAGGGCGCGCGCGUCGGCCAUCGAUUCUCGACGGUCCCGUGGCUCCUACAGAGUUCCUUGCUGCCCAGGGCGCCGCGGCGGAUGGCAUGAUGGCCCCACCACCAGGGGCCCGGGGCAGAGCAAGGACUAACUCCUCUGCUGUAGCACCGGGCAGUCUGGCAAACGGCAACGGGGCCAACGACAUGGCUGAAGUGCAAAAUGCACGAGCAGUUGAGGUGCUCGACAGAGUCACCCAGAAGCUCACCGGCCGUGACUUCAAACCACAUGAGGAGCUCACCGUCAAUGAGCAGGUCAACAAGCUUAUCAUUGAGGCCACCAAGCUGGAGAACCUCUGCCAACAUUACAUUGGAUGGUGUAGUUUCUGGUGAGGCUGGCAACUUGUGGCUUCGGAUUUCCCUAUUGUAGUAU